AUGAGCGCCCACGAUCAGUUCUGGGUCAAGGAACGGUCGUAUUCGAUUGUGGACAUGCUUGGUGGUGAUCCGCUGUCCGAGAAAUUCAGCGGGGGCACGGCCUACGAAGCUUUCUUGGGCUCCCUGAGCUACAAUCUCUGGCACGCGCCGGUCUCAGGCAGCAUCGCGGAAGCCUUCACGUUGAAUGGGACCUACUUCUCGGAGCCCCUGAUCAUCGAUGUCGCCGCGCAGGAGCAGAGCUAUGAACUAUCUCGACGAAGUGAACCAAUUGCCGCGCAGCCGUACCUCACCUCGGUGGCCACCCGCGCGGUGAUCUUCAUCGAGGCCGAUCACCCGGCCCUCGGAACGGUGGCGUUCUUCGGCGUCGGCAUGACAGAGGUUUCCACAUGUGACAUUACAGUCAAGCAGGGCGACUAUGUCCGCAAGGGUGGCGAGUUGGGGAGGUUUCACUAUGAGGGGUCGACCCACUGUCUCAUCAGGCACGCCCAGCUUGCAAUGAAAUCGCCCUGA